GUUUGGGAGUUGUAGUCCUUCCUCCGCUCCGUCCAGUGGAGGGACUUUUUGCCCUCUGCUCCCGGGCCCCUCAAGCAGCCACUCCCGUGGGCACACGCCCAGGAGCUGCUUCUGCCCCGUGCUCUCUCCCUCUGCCUUUCACUUCCCAGCUGCCAAGAUCUUGGAAGCUUUGAAGCUCAGCAAAGAAGGGAAAUCCAUUGAGAACAGUCUGUAAAGUUCUGGAGGCUGGGAACUCCAAGAUCAAGACGCUGGCAGAUUCAUUGUCUGGUUAAAAGAACUGGCAAUACUGGAAAUGGCAGUGCUCUGUGGCACCAAAGCCAGUGCCCUGCAGGGACCUACUCCAUAGUGACUUGGGAUUAGAUGAAGACACCAGGACACCAGGACCUCUGGCCAGGAGGUUUACUUAGCUCUCAAAUCUCUUUACUGCUGAGGUUAUACCCUUUUGCAUUCUCACUAGCAAUGCAAAAGAGGGACUGUUUCUCCACACCCUUGCCAACAGAGUAUAUUGUCAAGCUUUUGAACUUUUGCUAAUCUGGUAUCCCAGGACUGCCUGCUUGCCGAGACCCUCUGUAAAACUCCAUGCACCCUGCUGUUGAGCGCUCUGAGGAGGUAACAGUAUUCAGAGAGAAUUCAAACCGUGAGGAAAUGUCAUUCAGAUUCGGCCAACAUCUCAUCAAGCCCUCUGUGGUGUUUCUCAAAACAGAACUGUCCUUCGCCCUGGUGAACAGGAAACCUGUGGUACCUGGACAUGUCCUCGUGUGUCCCCUCCGGCCAGUGGAGCGCUUCCGAGACCUGCGUCCCAAUGAAGUGGCCGACCUGUUUCUGGCAGCACAGAGAGUCGGGACGGCGGUGGAGAAGCAUUUCCAGGGCACCUCUCUCACCUUUUCCGUGCAGGAUGGCCCCGAAGCCGGACAAACUGUGAAGCAUGUUCACAUCCACGUUCUCCCAAGGAAGGCUGGAGACUUUCACAGGAAUGACAGCAUCUAUGAUGAGCUCCAGAAACAUGACAAAGAGAAGGAGGACUCCCCAACCUUGUGGAGAUCGGAGGAGGAGAUGGCAGCCGAAGCUGCGGCGCUGCGGGGCUACUUUCAGUGACGCAGGCACCAAAGGAACUCAAACAAAUCCCAAGGCAUAAGGAAAUGGGCCUCGUGCUUUAGGACCCUGCGGCACUGAAAAUGAAGCUAAGCAGACUUUAUUACAUCCUACAAUUCGACAGCCUUUUGCAAAGCGUUUUAUUAUGCUUGUGGAAGCAGUCGGGGUUAUGUUUCAAUCACAGUGACUGACAGGCUGCCUUCAAAACGACGGCACCCGUGGCCCUUCCACACUUCCUUGGCUAUGUACUUAGAAUAGAACCUUUUCUAAAUUGUCCCUUGGCCUGGAUGGAAAUAAAAUGAUAGUUAAAAUA